AGACAUGGUUGAUGCCUUAACACACCUCAUAAGCAGAAGAAUAGAGCGUGGAGUCCCAGAAGAAAAACAUUCCUGUUUGCAAGGCCCAAUUGUUUGACUCCUUAUCGAGGACAAGACUGUCUGAGGAUUUAUGCAAAUGGGUCUGGUGCGCAAAACCCUGAACUCCUCAACACAGUUACGCAAACAUGUUGCAACUUUGUCACAGGUCCUAAACCUUAAAAAGCAUGAGUUGGACCAAGUUGCUGACUUUUUGGGCCACGAUAUUCGUGUCCACAGAGAGUAUUGCAGGCUUCCAGAGGGUACAACCCAGCUGGCCAAAAUAUUCAAACUACUGCUUGCCAUGGAGAAAGGUUCACUUACAAAUCUUCAGGGCAAAACACUAGAAGAGAAUGAAAUUGAAGAUAACAUAGACUUUACUGAUUCUGAGCAAAGUGAAGACAGUGAUGCUGAGGAGACAUAUCCACAGACACUAACAGAAAUGGGAAAGAAGAGAGCUAGACGACCUGUUGAGGAACCUCCAGGCAACUCAGAGGAUGUUGACUCUGCCUUAGAAGGGUCAUCUCGAGCAAUGAACAAAAACACUGGUUGGGAGGACAAAAAGUGCAGCAGGAGGGAAGAGUGCGAACAAUCUGUGAUUCUUGAAAAUUCUGCUGAAAGGGAUAAUGCAAGAAGGAAACAAAAACAGGUAUGGUCUCAAACAGAAAUCGCUGCAGUAAUAAGACAUUUCCAGAACCACAUCGCAAGGGGUAAACUCACCAGUCAAAUUGAAUGCCAACAGUGCAAGAAUGCUGAGCAUCCUGCUUUGGCUAGUCGCUCUGUUCAAAACAUAAGAGACAUUCUCAGGAAUCGGGGCUUAACACUCAAAAAAGAAAUAGUUGCAAAAUACUGA